AAUAAUGAUUACAGUCAACUGACAUUAAAAUUAAUGAUAACGAUUGUCGGCUUUUUCUCAAACUGUUUUUAAUAGUAUUUGUAUUUUUGUAUUUAGUACUUACUAUUUAAUACUAAUUGAAUUCAGGUAGUAAAUUACUAAAAUAAAUUUAUUGUUUUAAAUCGAAUUUAUUGGAUAUUUCAUUCUUAUCUUUUAUCUUUCUAAAACGGAAUCUUAUCCACAAAAUGAGUCGCAAAGAAGCAUUAACACAAUUUAUACAACAAAUUCACGGUCGUCCAGUUGUUGUGAAAUUGAAUAGUGGAGUUGAUUACAGAGGUGUAAUGGCUUGCAUUGAUGGUUACAUGAAUAUUGCCCUCGAACAAACAGAAGAAUACAUAAAUGGAGAACUUAAAAAUAAAUUUGGGGACUCUUUUAUUCGUGGCAACAAUGUACUAUAUAUUAGUACACAAAAAAGAAAAGGGGUAUAAUAUAUUUUAUAAAUAAUGAUAUUUAUAUUCUCAAUUUCUAUGCUUGUGAAAAAUAAAAUUAAACAUAAAAAUAUUUAUAAGCGUUUGUAAUAAAUAUUAAGUAAUCAUAA